UUGCUUAAAGUUGAGAUUACCAGUCGUUGUGAGACACCACGGCCAAAAAAUCGAUAAGUAACCCGGCGUGUCUUUCCACGCAGCUCCAGCAGCCAAGGAUCCCAGAGUCACGUGACUGAUCGAUGGCCAGGGUGUUUUGCACGCCCCGUGUCGCUCGCAGUGAUUGGCCAACGUUGCCGGUUCACGUGAACACGGAGUGAUCGAGAGUCUCCACGGAGUGAAAUGCGGCGAUGGCAAGCGCAGAGCGACGGUUAGUGCGGGGCAGAGGAAGAGCUGCAGGUCGGCGAGCUGCAACCUCCACCGGCACCAGAGCGGCUGAAACAGGACAGAGCAGCCCCAGCCAGCCGCUUCAUAUGCGGUAACCGAAGGUGAGCUGCGGCGCCGUUUGGCGCGACUUGCAGGCGGAUGUUUGUUCUCCAGCUUUGCCGGUCGCCAAGUGGAGCUCAUGUGCCUGGAAAAGGAACCGCAGAAGAGCUUCAGCGACGUGGUUAAACUUCUCCGAGUGCUCUGAAAGAUACUGGCUAACGUGCAUGCGGCUCUUGCGACCGUUUCAUCAUGCCUGUUGAAUUGGCUUUGCCGGUCUUCCUGUCAAACGAGGAGUUCCAGAACAGAAAGACGUCCAAGUACAAGAGAUCCCUGCGGCCGUGCCUGCUCUCGAGAUCGGUUCCUUCGCUCAAAUUUCACUCUCCUCUCCAGACGUCCGAACUGAAUGAGGUGAACGUGUCUGUGAAGGCACACGGCAAGGCCAAAAAACAGGUGUCUUUUGCCGACCACAAGGGCUUGGCCCUCACUAUGGUGAAGAUAUUCUCUGAAUUCGAUGACCCUGUUGAUGUCCCGCUAAGCGUUCGACAGCUUUUCACGUCUACGCUUAUGGUGUCCGAGGACGAGAACAUGCUGAUGCUUGACUUUACCCAGCCGUCGGCAGAUUAUUUGCGGUUCCGUCAGCGUAUAGAGGAAGACUUUGUUUGCCUUGAAAACUGCAUGCUGAAGGAUAGGGCGAUGGCGGGCACCGUCAAAGUCAAAAACCUUUCGUUUGAGAAGUCUGUUAAAGUGCGCCUCACAUUUGACACGUGGAAGAAUUACACAGAUGUAGAUUGUCAGUAUGUCAGGGACACUUACACAGGGACCGACCGGGACACGUUCUCUUUUGAGGUGGAUUUACCUGAGCAGGUGCCACCACACGAACGAGUCGAGUUUGCAGUGUUCUAUGUGGUGAAUGGUGUCACAUACUGGGAUAGCAACAAAGGGAAAAAUUACAGAAUCAUCCACUCAUCGCUGAAGAAGAGUUCGAUUGACCUGAGCACUGGCCAUCAGCACUACGGUAUCAGUGACUGUGACGUUCACUUCGACAGAUAUGGAAGCCCCAGGUGUUCUCACGGAAUUUUCGCCGAGUGGCCGAGCUAUGCUGGCUAUGAGGAUCUUGGCCCAUAUUACUGAAUCCUCUUUUAGUGCUUUUGUCAGCCAGCACAGUUAUCGCCUAUGCCAUUGGUUAUAUAGAUAGUCUCUUGAGCUGUCGAAAGAAAUCUUUAAAAUCAAGACCAAUGUCGGGUCCGUUUUUGAGAAUGUAUUAAUGAUUUAUGUGACUCAAAAAAUUCAACGAAUAUACCUCAGACACUUUCAGUAGAUCAAGCUAUAUUUAUUUUCUUACUGUAGUGAAAUGCGGUGUAAUUUUCUGAUGAUGUAUUUUCCGCUUAAAGACGAGUUGCAAGACAACUUGUUUGUGUUGUAAAAUAUGAGCUCCUACACGUUUCAGCGCAUAUCAGUUUUCUUCCAGAAACGUAAUGGAGAUUGGAUUGGCUUUGUGCCUCCAGUUCUGCUGCCUUUAAAUAAUGCAUGUUUUCUAUGGACUGUUAAAUCAUGCGUUCACUACACAUGUGUGGAAACUGUUGACUGAUGGAUUAAUUCUCUUGCCAAAACUUGAAGUCUAAGCCUGUCCUUAAAUUUGGGUCUUCAUUGACCGCAGGAUGAGUGAUGAAACAAACGCUGACCUGUUAGAUCAAUUUUUGUGUGUGUUCAGUUGCAUAAUCCACUGGGUUAUGCAACACGUUACAGUUUAGUAGAUACACUGGUUGGUGCAUUGUUUGAUUAAAACUUUUAAUGUUGGCCUGUUUAGUGCAUAGUAGAUGCCGAAAAGUUGUUUUUAUUUUUUUUUUUAUUGUUAAUGAAAUCUGUAACUUUGUCUGAUUUGCUGUAUAGUUCAUUGUGUCAGUCUUCCUUAUGUGCAUCAAAUGAUGUCAAGCAUGAACUCACAAUGUUGGUUUUGGUGAAGGGAUGCACUUUGAAUCAAAUACCAUUUGUCAAUAUUGUUUUGGGAUAUUGAUGUUCAGUCGAUGCUUUUUAGGGUUUUAUUUUUCUAUAAUUAAUGUUGAAUAAAGAAUAAUGUAGUAAAUGCACUGAGCUUUGCUUACACAUGGUCUGCUUCAGUCUGUAAGUUUAGAAAUGUUUGAACAGAUUGAAAAGUUCAAGUCCAUUUACAGGGCAAAGAGCAGAUGAUUUGUUGACCCCUUCACCUGGUCAUAGCUUACUUUGACAGGAUCAAUGUAAAAAAAAAAAAAAAAAAGAAUCAAUGGAAUAAACAUGCAGUGUUUGUGCUAUUUGUCAAGUUUAGGACUUGAGUAAAACAAAUAAAAUCUAUUACAGUGUUUGGUAA